AUGAGUUCGUCAGACGCGUCUUCCGGACCGCAAAGUCGCACCCCUCCCCCGACCACGACCCCCUUCCAACAGACCAUUCGGAAGCCUUCGGCCAUCAUGGCCCAACCGAACAUCAUCGACGUUGAGCUUUUGACGGAACACCUUGGGUAUGCACCGAUUUCGCUGCUCGACAGCAUCAUCAACAAUGUCAACGCAGUGGCCGACAAGACGCUCGACCGCGUCGAACAGGGCCUCUCGAGAGCGCCCCCGAAAGCACUCGGGUUCGAGAAGGCGCUGAAGCAGAGGAAGCCUCCCCCGGGUGCGUCGGUCGACGUCGAGGAGACGGCGAAGCUCGAAAUCAUCGACGGCGUCCACAAGCUCGAGACUCUGCUGUGUGCGGCCAUCGACAAGAACUUUGACAAGUACGAGCUCUACGUGAUGCGGAACAUCCUCGGCAUCCAGCCCAGCCACCGCAAUUGGAUGCGCCUCGCCCACUACAACGGUCUCGAGUUCGACGUCGCCCGCGAGGACGCACCCACGAGGGAGAGCGUGGACGCGCUCAGGAAGAAGCUGCAGGCGAGCCAGCGGCUGAACGUGAUGCUGCACGCGGAGCAGGCCAAGAACGCGGCGCUGCUGGCGAAGCUGCGCGGGGUCAUGGGCGGUAAGCCCGCCGGCCCGCGGGCUUCGCUGGUGGAGGUCAAGGUCGAGGGGGCGGACGACGGGGCGCCGCUCCAGUUCCUACGCGAAAGAGGUGAUCUCGCCGAGGGUGACUCCAAGACGCCGCUCACGACGACGACGGCGUUCAACAUGUCGCAGCUGCAGGCGCUACGGGCGCUGUCGACGUCGCUGCGUAACAUCAUGCCGGACCUGAAGGACCCGUCCGACAUCGAGGAUGGGCUGGAAAAGAACAAGAGUUGGAGACGGGAGAGGAUGGAGUACGUCGAGAGUGCGACACGAAAGCAUCUCGAGCACGUGCGAGGUUUGGAGUUGGGGAAGGACGGCGAGGUCCGCGACGGCGAGUGGCAGGGCGAGGGGAGGAAGUUUGCCAUGGGCGAGGUCGAGGGGCUGGAACGCGUGGUUUCUGCGCUGGGGGCAGGGUCAGAAGAGUCUGCCGAGCAAGACGAUCCCGAUGCGAUGGAUGAAUCAUGAGGUCAAUGUCAUGGACGAGCACUUUGGGAGAAGAAUCCGGCCGGCUGCUGGUAUCAUCGCAACACUGCUGCGGAGACAAGCCUCCUUCGAUACUCCACGGCAUGUACGCACACGCCUCUUGGCGAUCGACGGCUUGAGUGGCCUACCUCCUGUGUGAGGCGCCCACCAGCUCCGACUCGACUCGACCCGGGACAACAGAAGGGGGUCCGACACAGCCCAACAUCUCAAUCGGCGACAGGUCUCCACGGAAAUAGCACUACUGCUCACCAGUACCAGUCGACCAUGUUAGUGGUUGAACGGCAGCACAGUCCCACCACACAGGAGGAGGAGACCGUCAGUAUUGCCAUCUCCACCCGCUGCGAUAUCACAGGGGCGAGGGGCGAUUUAGGCCGGCGCCGAUUUGAAGCAAGCCGAGUAGAUAUCGGUUCAGCCUCAAGGCACGCAAGCCGAAUCAGACAUGUUCCGAGCAGCCGGGUUGGCAUGGUGGUUGGGUCUUGUGUAAGGCUCGUUGCGUCCGGCUCACUAGUUGAGAAGACGCCAAAAAACCAUGGUGAUGCGAUACCACGAGGACGACACAUUAUGUACAAAGACGGGAAAUCAACGCUUCACACAUUACAAAAACAAAGCUCGGGAUAGGGUGCAAGGCCAGCCUUGGAACACUGAGCCUGCGAAACAAAACUUUCGCCGGAGGGCAUCGAAGUUUCCAUGCCAAGUACGGCCAAGGGCCUGUUGGCUCAGCGGCACUUGGCUGGAAUCCUGGGGUCGAUUAGUGGUAAUCCAGGGGGGGUUGUUAUUCUCGAGAAAGAGGGCCAGGGCGUUGAGUUUGAAU